AUGCAAACGAGUGCACCGUUUCCGGUACGCGCAACCGGAAGACGCACGGCCGCCGAUGACAACCCGAGGCAGGCAACCCGCACCUUCGCGAUCGUCGUCGCCGUCGUCACCCUUGGCGCGUUUCUUGCGUCGGCCGCCAGUGAAAAGCCGAACGGCGUAGGGACAGUCAGUUUCACCCGGCUGAACCCAGCGGUGCGGAACGGUACCACCCCCAGCACCACCCCCGGCACCAACAGCACUGCCGCCGGGCCAUCGGCACCGGUGGACCGGAAUCGUACGGAGGUGGGCGCGAAAGUGCGCCCGGCGUACACCCGGACCGAGCUGAAGGUCUCCCGGAGCCUCAAUCCGGACACCGUGCAGAAGCUGAGCGUGCGGUCCAACAAUGGGCGCAUGGUGCAGAUCAUCGUCAAGAAGCGCACCGGCAUGGAGCUUCCGGGACCGGGACUGGCACCGGCUGGCACUACGCCGGCCGGCUCCCCUGCCGCACCCAAGACUCCGGAGACGCGGCUCGCCGGCAACUAUCGGCUUUCGGCGGCCGAUUCAGCCCCACACUCGGUGGACAUUGUGAACGCUUUCCUGGAGCACGUGAACCGUGUCGAGCGCCCAGCUCGGCACACGGACGAACAGGACGGAACGAUGAAGAACGAUCGGCGCCCGGUCCGGAUCAAGGUGGCCGACGGAGCCGUCCAGGAGAGCCGUGUACCACCCCCGGUCGUGAUCAGCUCCGAUCCGGUCUACAUGAAGGACGGUGCGGGACCGAAGACGGCCAAACGGGGCCGCUCGCUGCAGGAGAUCGGGGCCGACGGAAUCCCGGUCGUGCACGGAAUACGCGUGCCGGACGACGAAUCGGACAAGCGGCAAGUGUGGCGUAACGCACGCGUCAUCAACGGGGAACUGGUGCCGUACGAGAAGGGCCACGUCCCGACGAAGCUCGAGAACGGGGGCGACAUCUACGGGCAGCUAAUAUUUGCCAAACCAUCCGUCCGAGGACCUUCGUCCGGAGGCCCAUCGAGUGCCCAGCAACAGCGCAGCAUCGGACCGUUCACAAAGGCCGACAAUUUUCAGCCCAGCGAAACGAGCUUCAAAGGAUUCGGACCAUUCAGCGUCGAGGACAAUCUGCAUCCGGGCUCGGUGCCUGGGGUUAUUCCGGAGGUAGCACGAGUAUCGGGCAACAUUGGACCGUUUUCCCGGGCCGACAACUCACGCCCCCCGUCGAACGCACGGUUGGUGGAGUAUCUGCGCAAGAUCAACGACGACGAGCGGCGCAAGCACUACCCGCAGAUCAUGAGCCGGGCCAACUUCAAGCCCGAGAUCGACCCGAUGGCCGAGCAGCCGAAAAUUCAGCGCCGCAUGCUACAGAACCCGGGCAACCCGACGUACCCGGUGUCGCAGCUGUACUCGAUCAAUGGCGGGGCCGGCCGGGAUCAGGACACGGAGCUGGACGACACCCGCAAGCCGGUCCUUCAGUACGCCCACCCGGAACUGGGCGUACAGCCGGCGAAACCGGUGCCCCCGGUGGAACGGAAACCGACCAAGGCGAUGAAGAAGAUCAUGAACGUAGCGCCGCAACCGCAGGACUACUACAACAAGGCGAUGCACAACGAUCACUCGCCGUACGCGAUGGAACCGGCGAUGGGCAGCAAGGAUUACUACGACCCACCGCAGUCCCCGAUCCCGAACAAAAUGCCCGGGCCGCGGCCUCAUCCGCAGUACGAAAACUUUAAAGGCCCGUCGACGUACCCGUACAACUACGGGUACAUCCGGCGCGUCAAGCACGAGCGCCCCUUUUGGGCCAAGAUCACCGACCAGAUGCGGGACAGCCUGCAGAACGGGAUCUCGUCCGUGCAGGAGUUCACCAAGCCCGUCCUGGAGCCGAUCGUCGAGGCCGGCCAGAAGAUCUCGAAGAAUCUGGGCUUUGUUCGCAAGUCUGACGAGGCUCAGGACAAGGUUGGCGUGGUGGUGGCACCAGCUGCAAAUUCAAUUAUACUCCCGGCUCUAGGGCUGAUGGCGGGCGGGGCCGCCCUCGGGCUGGGGGCCGUCGCCGUGGGCCGUUUUUUCGACAUGGGCCUCUUGCGACGGUCCGGGGCCGACUUUUUCCCCAUCGAUCUGGACGAUCUGGAGCACAAGCGGGCGCUGGAGGCGAUCGAGCGGCAGCAACCGGGCCAGUAUUUCAUGCUGGUGAACGGCGCAAAUGCUGAUGUGGAUGCGGCGGGUGAUCGUGCUGGGCGGUCGCGGCGUGCGAUCGAUGGCCUCGGCUUGCAGGACGUCGGGAGCAGCUCGGCCAGCUCGUCCCGGGCCCGGUUCGAGCAGCAACUGCGGGAAACGAACUGGAAGAAUCCUUCCUGUGCCAAGCGCACCUUCUGCCUGGUGAUGGUCCAGCAGGGCGCCGACGAUAUCGUCCUGAUGGAGAAGAAAAUGUACACCAUGCUGGAUAUGAUGCAUCCGGCCCUGGCUGCCACGCUCACCGAUCACCUGUCGGAGGUGACGGACGCAAUCCGGCAGAACGAUUGCUCGCGGUUCGCCUGCCAGCAGUGGCCGGCCGGCCGGAGCGGCGCUCGACCCUAG